AUGUCGGUCUGCAGACUCGGGUCGGCAAAAAACGCCGGCGCGCCGAUGAGGGGUUGGGCUUCUAGAACACCAACGCCGCAAAACUCGGUAUUCUUAAGACGCAGGUGGAACAGCUCAAGAACUUCAAUUUCAACAGCUGCCGCGAAGGCCAAAGUUGUCUCUGGUACUGGCACAGGCAAAGGAGUUCGAGUAGGAUGGAGUUCCUUUAAUGUUGUAGCUGUGGUUGCCGCCACCGCUGUGCUUGUCCAUGGAUAUGCCACGUUCCAGGCAAAUUCCAAGGCGGCGAGGGAGAGAGACUACUCCAGUCCUGCAAAGUUUGUAAAGCCUAAAUAUGCAGAUAUUGGUGAUAUGGAAGCAGCAAUCAAAGAAAUCCGCCAAGCAACAAGUGACGAAGAUACCAUAUCCACAGAUCCUGAUGACCUCAAGGCCCACGGGUAUUCAGAAUGGUCCUCAACUAACGUAGAUGGCCUCCCAGUAGCUGUAGCCUAUCCAAAGACAACAGAUGAGGUAUCAAAAAUUGCAAAGAUCUGCUACAAAUACCGAGUUCCAAUCAUCCCAUUCUCCGGCGGAACAAGUCUCGAAGGAAACUUCUCAGCUCCUUAUGGAGGCGUUAGUGUCGAUUUCACUUACAUGGACCAAAUCCUGGAAUUACAUGAAGAAGAUAUGGAUAUCGUAGUCCAGCCCUCUGUGUCUUGGAUGGAUUUGAAUGAGCAGCUCGCUAAACGCCAAUCUAGACUCUUCUUUCCGGUAGAUCCUGGUCCAAUUCCUGUUCCGUUUGCUGGAGCUGUAUGGCAUGUUCCUGGGGCUUCUGAUCCAGAAGACUUGAAAGUGUUUCACGGUUCUCGGGACAUCGAUCCAUGCCCCUUCAGGUUUCCAAACCAAGCUGACGAUCGAGUUUCCACAGGCGCAAAGAUUGGCGGUAUGGUAGGUACGAACUGCUCAGGUACGAAUGCCGUACGAUAUGGUACCAUGAAGGAUUGGGUCAUAAACCUUACAGUUGUGUUGGCCGACGGUACCAUCAUCAAAACGAAGCGGCGGCCAAGAAAAUCUUCCGCGGGCUACAACCUUAAUAGUCUCUUCGUGGGAUCUGAGGGUACCCUUGGCCUGGUGACGGAAAUCACUCUCAAGCUGGCCGUCGUACCGCAAGAAUUCUCCGUCGCCGUGGUUACUUUCCCCUCGAUUCGCGAUGCUGCAUCCGCUGCUGCUAGCGUCAUGAGAGCCGGUGUGCAAGUCGCGGCUAUGGAGAUCAUGGAUGAAGUACAAAUGAAAGUUGUAAACCUAUCUGGGUCUACUGCGCCGAGAAAGUGGACAGAGAUGCCUACACUUUUUUUCAAAUUCAGUGGCACAAAAGCUUCGGUCAAAGAGAAUAUCGCCAUGGUCGGUGCCAUCGCCAAAACCCAUGGUGGAGGCAAUUUCGAAUUCGCAAAGGAUGUAAAGGAGCAGAAAUUACUAUGGAGUGCCAGGAAGGAAAGCCUUUGGUCUAUGUUAGCUUUGAGGAAGGAAGGCAACGAAGUAUGGAGUACUGAUGUUGCCGUUCCAUUCUCGAGGUUGGCCGAUAUUAUUGAAAUCAGCAAGAAGGAGAUGGAUGACUUGGGAUUAUUUGCAAGUAUUCUAGGCCAUAUAGGCGACGGCAACUUUCAUGAAAGUAUUCUUUAUGAUCGCCGAAUCGAUGGAGAGAGGGAGAAGGUUGAGCGGUGUGUAAAAAGCAUGGUUACAAGGGCUCUGGAAAUGGAAGGCACUUGCACUGGAGAACAUGGGAUUGGAAUUGGCAAGAAGGAAGCGCUGCUGAUGGAAGUGGGCAUUAAUACAAUCCAUGUAAUGAAAUCCAUAAAGCAAGCGCUCGAUCCGCACUGGAUUUUGAACCCGGGAAAGAUCAUGGACAUACCAUCUUAA